AGAAGCAGGCCUAUGUCGGCAUCAAAAAGCUCGACCAUGACUCUCAUCGACUCAAUCACAAGCCUGACUUUCCACAAGCCCGUCCAAAGCUCUCAAGAAACUUCACCUUCGUUGACAUCAUCCUCAUCUGACACCAUGGCCUUCCUCGUUCCUGUCAAGGAGUCUGAUAUCUCCGCCUUGUACGACUCCAACCAUCGCAAGCUCGUUCUCGUGGCCAAGGGUGAGAUUCCCAAGGUCUGGUUCACCCCUUUCUUUAAACAGGAGACUUUGCUCGGCGGCCUGAGCUUCUCCAUCCGCGCCUUCGCCGGUGGUGUCCCUGUCCAGAAAGGCGAGAAGUCUUUCGACAUCUCGCUUGACUUCCCGGUCAACUUGCCCAUGCAGCACUUCAACAACAAGAGCGUCCUGAUCGAGACGGCCAACGGCAGCUAUCCUAUCGAGAUCAAGUAUACCGGCUUCGCGCCGGGACCCGUCAUCAGCGGAGGCAAGGACGGCGAGGAGAAUGGUACUACCACCCGGAGCGUCUUGCCUCCGGUUCAGGAGUUCCUACCUGCUGGACAGCCCUUGCGUAUCACCGCGCAGAUCCCGAAGGUUGAGGCACCUGCUUCUGUCAACAUCGAGCCUUCUUAUAACCCCAAGUUCCUUGAGUUGAUUCACUCCACGGCCCAACAUGGAAGCGUGUCCUGGACAUUCAAGUGGAAGGAACUCCCCACUGAGGAGGGCACGAAUCCUCAGCUGAUCGAGAUCACCACUCACCAAUACAACGGUCUCGUUGGCCCUGCAGCCCGCAACUCCUACGUCAUCCAGGGCUAUGUUGUCCACUUCGUCGUUUUCGAGAAGAAGGGCAUCAACGUGGUUCGUGGCGGGGAUGUCGUUGAAGGCGGUUGGCAUGUGGUGUGAACCGGUCGUGGACCUUGGCUAUUAUUCUCAAGUUGGAAACCAACUUGGAUCUAGUUAUCUAAUUGACUACUUUUCUUUUGUGAGAGACUCCCUCUGCUGAGAUGGAUCAUCGACCAGAUGCCGCGUAUUUCAAGAAAGUCCAUGGCAACUUAUUUGACGACCAACUACUAGUAUGCAACUGGAUGCUUGUGUGUACCACGUAAUUUCUGUAGACUCUCCUUGACUGGCAAAGACAGUUCUAUAGGGGUUAUGAUUAGGAGAUCUUUUGUUUUCCAUAUGCUAAGACCGCUACUUCCCUUACGUGGUCAUUGAUUGUCAUUACUGUCAUUUCCGCCACUAUUAUCACAAUGCUCACCGUUGUUGUGGUUUACAAUUAGCAUAUCAAUUUACACUUACCCUUGAUCGAAGCAACCUUUUAUAUCCAUGGGCAUCCAGUACGCGGGAACUACAACUAACUACCCUGACUUGGGA